ACUGUUUGAUUGAUGAAGCAGACCGGUUCACUUUAAGUCUCAGGAAUGGGGUUUUAGCCCUUCAAACAAAGGCUCUACUGCAAUCCCUAGCUGAGCUUCAGGCACAGGCGGCAGCCAUGGGAGCUCGAGGCAAAGUUAAGAAGUCGAAGAAAGAAACUUUUCGUGAAGAGGAAGAAGAUAACGAAGACAAUACCAGCAAUACGAUGCCCAGUUCUCGCCCGAAUGCCAGACAGCACAUGCAGCAGUUACAGAGGCUUCAAGAAAAGGACCCAGAGUUCUAUGAGUUCCUGAAGGAGCAUGAUAAGGAUCUUUUGGAGUUCAAUGAUGAAGACAUAGACGAGGAUGUUGAAACAGAGAUGGAUGAUGAGGAACUACAAGGAGAUGCAGGGCCAGAAGACGUUGAGCACCCGAGUACUACUGAAGAGACAGAAGAGAAAUCUUCCAAAAAUGUUAUAACUAGUGCAAUGGUUGAUACCUGGUGUAAUGCUAUCCGGGAAAAUGCAAAAUUGGGGGCAGUUCGUUCUCUUAUGAAAGCUUUUCGCACUGCUUGCCAUUAUGGUGACGAUGAUGGUGAUGCUGCUGCAAAGUUUAGUGUCAUGUCCAGUAGCGUGUUUAAUAAAAUAAUGUUAUUUGUUUUAAGUGAAAUGGAUGGCAUUCUUCGGACAUUGCUGAAACUCCCACCUUCUGGAGGAAAGAAGGAAACAAUUACUGGUUUGAUGAACACAAAACAAUGGAAGAACUACAAUCACUUGGUGAAGUCGUAUCUUGGAAAUGCUCUACAUGUCUUGAACCAAAUGACUGACAUGGAAAUGAUAUCUUUCACGCUGAGACGUCUGAGAUAUUCAGUAAUAUUUUUGGCUGCUUUUCCUAGCAUGUUGAGGAGGUUUAUUAAGGUGGCUCUUCAUUUUUGGGGUACAGGGGGAGGUGCACUACCAGUUGUCUCCUUUUUAUUUGUUAGAGAUUUAUGCAUUCGGGUUGGAUCUGAUUGUUUAGAUGAGUGCAUUAGAGGGAUAUACAAAGCUUAUGUCUUGAACUGCCAAUUUGUGAAUGCAACAAAAUUACAUCACAUCCGGUUUCUUGGGAAUUGUGUCAUUGAACUUCUUGGGCUGGACCUUCGAGCUGCAUAUCAACAUGCUUUUGUUUUCAUACGACAAUUAGCAAUGAUUUUGCGGGAGGCACUUACAAUGAAAACUAAGGAAGCAUUCCGGAAGGUUUAUGAGUGGAAGUAUAUGAAUUGUCUUGAACUUUGGGUUGGAGCUAUCUGUGGAUAUAGUUCGGAAGCAGAUUUUAGGCCUCUUGCUUAUCCAAUGACACAAAUAAUUUAUGGAGUAGCUCGUUUGGUUCCAUCUGCUCGAUAUUUUCCCCUCCGAUUAAGCUGCGCUAGGAUGCUCAACAGGAUUGCUGCUUCUACCGGUACAUUUAUACCUGUUUCUAUGCUCCUGUUAGACAUGCUGGAGAUGAAAGAAUUAAACAGAUCCCCAACUGGAGGGGUUGGAAAUGCUAUUGACUUACGUACCAUACUAAAGGUAAGCAAACCAACCAUAAGGACACGAUCUUUCCAGGAGGCAUGUGUCUUUUCUGUGGUUGAAGAACUUGCUGAGCAUUUGGCUCAGUGGAGUUAUUCUGUUGCUUUCUUUGAGCUGUCUUUUAUUCCUACCGUACGGCUGCGUAAUUUCUGCAAGUCUACAAAAGUUGAGAGGUUCCGUCGAGAAACAAGGCAGCUCAUAUCUCAGAUUGAUUCCAAUUCUGAGUUUAUAAACCAAAAACGCAGGUCGAUCUCAUUUUUACCAAAUGAUCCUGCAGCAACAUCUUUUCUCGAGGACGAGAAGAAGUCAGGGGCGAGUCCUCUGUCACAGUUUGUUGCCACUCUACGCGAGAAAGCACAGCAAAGAAAUGAAUCCUUGACAGAGUCCAGUGUUCUUGUGGGUGCAAAGUCAUCUAUAUUUGGAAGCAAGGUAGCAGAAAGUGACGAGGAUGAUGAUAACCGGAAUGAAGAAGGUGCUGCUGCUUUUAGCUCGUCGUGGUUACCAGGAAGCGAUUCCAAGGCUAAGAAUCAUAAAGAGGAGAAAAAGAAGAAGAAACGCAAGAAGGAAUCGCAGGAAGAGGCAGCCAUGGAUGAAGAUGUUGUUGAGGACUUAAUUCUUAGCUCAGAUGAAGAAGGAGGAAAUGACAUUGGCUCCUUCAAAGGUCAAGGGUCAGAUCAAGAAGAACCUGAGCCACCGUCUCCCAAACACCAGACCAAGAAACGGAAACCAUUCCUGGAAUUGUCCAAAAACAAGGCUCAAUUUCGUUCAAAGAAGAGGAAGAAAGCAAAUUGAAGAGGUUUUUGUCGAUUAAUAGAUUUAUUUUAUUUUUAAUUUUUGUUGGCAUUUGUUCCUGCUAUAAAAUUGAGCUUAACAACUGUCCGUGACAUAGCACGUUUGUUAAGAAAGCCCCUACUGCCACUUGUAUUCUUUCAAAUGCAAUAUUUCUUAAAUAUCUAACAU